AUGUCCUUAAAUUAUCAAAUCUCUCUUAAUCCAUUCUCUUUUCCUUCGCUUUUUUCUCUUCUCCUCUCUUCUUUUCUCUCUUCUCCUCUCUUUUCUCCUCUUCUCUUUGCCCUCCUUUCCUCUCUUAUCUUCUCUCCUCUCUUCUCUUCUCCCCCUUCAUUCUCUCCUCCCCACUUCUCCUCUCCUCUCUUCUCUUGUCAUCCCUUCAUUCUCCUCUCCUCACUUCUCCUCUCCUCUCUUCUCUUCACCUCUUCAUACUCUCCUCCUCUCCUCUCUUCUCUUCUCUUUUCCCUUCAUUCUCUCCUCCUCACUUCUAUUCUCCUCUCUUCUCUUCACCUCUUCAUUCUCUCCUCCUCACUUCUCCUCUCCUCUUCACCUCCCUUCGUUCUCUCCUCACUUCUCUUCUCCUCUCUUCUCCUCCCUUCAUUCUCUCCUCCACACUCCUCCUCUCCUCCUCCCUUCAUUCUCUCCUCUCUUCUCUUCUCCUCGCCUCUCUUCUCUUCUCCCUUCAUUCUCUCCUCCUUACUUCUCCUCCCCUUUCUUCCCUUCUCUUUUAUUCUCCUGUCUUCUCUUUUUCUUUUCCAUCUUUCCUUGAUUUUCCUUUCUUUGUUUGUGUCGUUCUUUCUUUUCUGCUUCUUUCUUUCUUUCUUUCUUUCUUUCUUUCGUCACAAUUCCGUUCUGUGCAGUAGUCGUAUUCUUUCUUUCUAUCUGUCUUCAUUUACUUUCUUCGAAGUUUCUUUCAGUCAUUCUUUCUUUCUUGACAGCUUCUGCCGUUUCUUUCUUUCUUCCUUUCUUUCUUUCUUUCUUCGAUUUAUCUUUCUUUCAGUCAUUCUUUCUUUUUUCUUUCUUUCUUUACCUACUUCUUAUUCUUUCUUUCUUUCUUUCUUUCUUUCUUUCUUUCUUUUAUCCUCCCAUUCCUUUCUCCCUCCCAAUUUCUCUGCUCCUUUCCUCUUACUUUUCCAAACUUUUCUUUCUUUCUUUCUUUCUUUCUUUCUUUCUUUCUUUCUUUCUUUCUUUCUUUACCUACUUCGCUUCUUCUUUCUUUCUUUCUUUCUUUCUUUCUUUCUUUCUUCGCAAAUUCAAUCCUUUCUUUUCUCUUCUUGCUUUAAGUUAUUCUUUCUUUCUUUUUUUCUUUCUUUCUUUCUUCGAUUUAUCUUUCUUUCACUCAUUCUUUUUCUCUUUCUUUCUUUCUUUACCUACUUCGUAGUAUCUUUCUUUCUCUCUUUCUUCGCAAAUUCAAUCCUUUCUUUUCCCUUCUUUUUUAAGUUAUUCUUUCUUUCUUUCUUUCUUUCUUUCUUUCUUUCUUUCUUUCUUUCUUUCUUUCUUUCUUUCUCCUUCCCAAUUUCCCUGUCCCUUUCCUCUUACUUUUCCAAUCUUUCUUUCUUUCUUUCUUUCUUUCUUUCUUUCUUUCUUUCUUAUUUCUUCGUUCUUUUUUUUUUUUCUUCUUCGCCGGUUUUCUUUCUUUUUUUUCGUAAUUUAAUUCAUUUUUAUGAGUUUCUUUCUUUCUUUCAAUUUUCCUUCCUUUCUGUUCUUUCUUUCUAUCUUUCUUUCUUUCUUUCUUUCUUAUUCCAUUCAUUCUUAACAUUUUCAUUCUUUUACUUCUUGAUAAAACCUCUCUGUCAUCUAUACUUUUUUGCCAUAUUUUUCUUUACUCUUUCUACUCCCCACCCUUUCCUUUCCAUGCUUUUUACUCCCUUUUCAAUCUUCUCAAACUCAUUUAUCUGCUUCUUACAUAAAUCUUCCAUUUCUCCGUUUUCUCUCCCCGCCAGACAACUUCAAAAUCAAUUCCUCUCUCCCCACUGA